AUGCUCCUCAGGCACGCCCGACAGAGCCUUUCCCUCCACCACGCAGCCGUCUUUCGACCACUCAGGCCAAGACUACGAUGUCCCUUAACCACAAUUAGCUCAGUCGACAAGAGCAAGCGCUUCUUCAGCACUCAGCAAGAUGCUCGCCCGGUGACGAGGAGAAAGAGCUUUGAUACCGGUUCAGGAUUCAACGCUGGACGAAGUUUGGCCACCGCUGUUGAUGACUAUCAACCAAUCGAUGGUUCCAACUAUGAUGGCCUCAACAGCUCUAUCCUACCAACAUACGAAAAUGCAUCAAACAACCAGAGAUACCACGAGCUCCGCGCAUUCGAUCCCUCCUCUCCCCUCGUCCUGCAGGAUCCCUCAACACCCAAAAUCCCCCGAUCACGUAUCAAUCUGAACGGUAUCCCCGGCGAUGUCGAAGAGAUGCUGCCCGUCUUCGACGCUUGCAUACGUGUUGGCAAGAUUGCUCGAGCCGAAAUGAUUCUUAAGCGCCUGACUACCUUCGAAGCAUUUCCGAGCGAGGAUUUGAUUUUUCUUCACAAUCGCUAUCUGCGGGCUUCCCUCGACCAAAUGCGUCUGCACCCAGACCGUCAACAGGCUGAGGGUCUACACAGAUGGUAUGAGUUGCACAUUCGAAGCAAGGGUUUGCUCCAAACGGCCGAGACGAUUGCAUGCAUGCUCAAGGCUUCUCUGCUCUCGGAGCAUGAUCCUGCCAGGCGGCAACGCCUGGUUACUCGGUAUAUGGGGAUGGCGCCUGGAGAGGCUGGCCUUCGUGUCUUGUCCAUGGCCGAGAUUCUGAGUGACCAAGACCUGGCCGUCAUCACUGAGAUUUGCCCGACUUAUAACUUGGCGCCCGAGGAAAACAGCGGACUGUCCUCCAGCACAGAGAAUGCAGCUGCACAACAAUCCCCAGACGAAUCGUCUCUGACUGGCUCCAUCCCAGAGGUCUUGGCCACCCCUCAGAAGGGUUUUGGACUGAAGACACUGAAGCAGACGCUUACUUUGUUCGAUGAGAUCCCCCAAAACUGCGAUAUCUCGACAUUACCUGCUCGCGAACGGAAGGAAAUCCAGGCCCGCCUUGAGCGUGAUUGUAUUGACGCUGCUGUCGACCGUUGGCGAGAGGAAAACGAAUCGCUGCAAAAGAUGGGCUUGAACACAUCCGUCGCCCACGCAUCCCUCAACUCUCGCCUGUAUGACUGGCAAGUCGCACUGGAAGCCCGAUUGAAAGACGAAAUGGUAAAAAUCGAAGCUGCUGAAGCCGUCACGAAGAAGACGCCCGAAGACUACGACCGAUGCAUGUACGGACCUUUCCUGCGACUUUCAACCCCGAGUCGCCUCGCCGCCGUGACUAUCCUUAGCACUCUGAGCUCCAUGGCUAUCAAGGGUGCUGACCGUGGCAUGCCCCUGGCUGGAGCAAUUAGCAGCUUAGCCAAGUUCGCCGAGGAAGACAUCCGGGCUCAACUCCCGACUAACAAGUCAACAUCGAAAACCAAACAGCGAAGGGUGGUCCUCGCCAAGCCGAUCAAGGGCGCAUCCUCGGCGACAGCGUCUACAGAAGAGAGCCCUCUGCUCAACGAUAAUGCAGCCAAAGAGACUGUGUUUGCGGAUGCUGCAUGGCCUCCUGCUGUCAAAGCCAAGGUUGGCGCAGCUCUUCUCUCAGCACUCGUUGACACUGCUAGAAUCAAGGUUGUCAAGGAGCAUCCUGUAUCCAAGACUCUGGUCAGCCAGUAUCAGCCAGCCUUUUCUCAUGCUGUUCAGCUUAAGAAGGGCAAGAAGAUUGGCAUGAUUCUCCUUAAUAAAGAAUUGGUUACCCUUUUGAGACGGGAGCCGCAGGGAGACUACCUAGCCAAACACCUCCCGAUGGUCGUUGAACCAGAGCCCUGGACCAGCUUUGAUAGGGGUGGAUUCAUCGAGAGCAGGACCAAUGUUGUGCGUGUCAAGGCGGGUGACAAAGACCAGAAACUCUACAGUGAAGCAGCCAUCGCCCGAGGAGACAUGGAUCAAGUCUUUAAGGGCCUAGACGCCCUGGGUAAGACCGCUUGGAGAGUCAACACACCUGUCCUAAAUGUCAUGCUCGAGGCAUGGAACACGGGUGAGGCGCUUACCAACUUCCCGCCCUUGAAUCCCGACAUCACUGUUCCGCCUGAACCUGAUACCUCGGAUGAUCCUUCUCUACGCCGGAACUGGAUUCGGGCAGUUAAGCUUGCCGAAAACGAGAGAGGUGCUCUCCACUCCCAGCGCUGCUUCAUCAACUUCCAGUUGGAGAUCGCUCGUGCAUUUAGGAAUCAGACUUUUUACUUCCCGCACAACGUUGACUUCCGAGGCCGCGCUUAUCCACUGCCUACUUAUCUCAACCACAUGGGUGCUGACCACGUCCGCGGCCUUUUACGAUUUGCCAAGGGCAGGGAACUGGGUGAAAAGGGUCUCGAAUGGCUCAAGGUUCAUCUAGCUAACGUGUACGGAUUUGACAAGGCUAGUCUGAAAGGCAGAGCGUCGUUCACCAUGGACAACUUGGUUAACAUUUUCGACUCUGCGAACAAGCCGCUGACUGGCAACCGGUGGUGGAUGAAGGCCGAGGAUCCUUGGCAAACCCUUGCAACCUGCUAUGAGCUAAAGGCGGCCCUCGAAUCCCCGGACCCAAUCAAGUAUGUUUCUCACCUGCCUGUCCACCAAGAUGGUACGUGCAAUGGUCUUCAGCAUUACGCUGCUCUUGGCGGUGACAGCUGGGGUGCUCGGCAGGUCAACCUUGAGCCUGGCGAUAAGCCUGCAGACGUUUAUUCUGCUGUCGCCAACAUUGUCAAGGAAGACAUUGUCAAGGACGCAGCCGCAGGCCAUGUGAUUGCACAAUCUAUAGACGGAAAGAUCACCAGAAAGGUUGUCAAGCAGACUGUCAUGACCAAUGUGUAUGGCGUCACCUUUUCUGGUGCAAGGAAGCAAAUCUGUAAGCAACUCGACGCCUUAUACCCUGAUCUACCAAAGGAGAGUGGUCACGACAACCUUACGACGGCUUCUUACAUUGCGUCUCUCGUCUUCAAGGCACUUGGAGACAUGUUCCGUGGUGCACACGACAUCCAAUACUGGCUUGGCGAGAUUGGCAGCCGUGUCUGCAGGGCUCUUUCUGCUGAGCAGCUGGAACGCAUCGUCAACGACGGUCUCCUGCCUUCCCCCUCGCCUAAGGGCAAGGUCGUUGAGAAGCAAACAAUUGACGACAUUCUGGCGCAGUUCCGCGCCACUAUUGUGUGGACCACUCCCCUCCGAAUGCCUGUUGCUCAACCAUACCGCAAGUCUGGAACUCGUGUGAUAAAAACAUCCCUCCAGGACCUGUCCUUGACUGUUCCUGAGCGUUCAGACCCGGUUCAUCUCAAGAAGCAGCUUCAGGCCUUCCCUCCCAACUUUGUCCACUCUCUCGACGCCACUCAUAUGCUCCUCUCUGCCUUGGAAUGUCACGAUCUUGGGCUCGACUUUGCCGCCGUGCACGACUCCUUCUGGACCCACGCCGCUGAUGUCGAUGUCAUGAACCGAGUUCUGCGCGAUGCCUUUGUUAGAAUUCACGAAGAAGAUGUUGUUGGUCGCCUUGCCAAAGAGUUCGAAGCGCGAUACCGAGACUCAAUCUACCUGGCUAAAAUCAACAAAGGGACCGCUGUCGAGAAGGAAAUUAGCAAGCUUCGUCUGAGAUCCAAGUGGAGUUUGAAGGAAGAGCUUAAUAAGGAACACGAGAGACAAGUGCUCCUUCGCUCUUCUAACCCUGAGGAGGUCGCUAAGGGCAAGAAAAUGAUAACGCCCGCAAGCAUCUUUGAGAACAUGGCAGCUACCGAGGCUCUUGCUGAGCCUGAGGAUAUGGAGGCGCUUGGUCUCGGAGAAAUCCCAGAGAACAUUGACGAACUUGAUGCAAAGGCUGAGACUGGCCUUGACGGAGAGGGUAUCGACGAGGAGAUGGCCGCCAGCGACGUCAAUAGAGCGUCUACUAUUGAGACUUCUAGAGCCACCAAGUGUUUCGAGACUAUGACGGAGAACGCCCAGGUUUCCAACUUUGCGGUCAAGAUUGGCGGUACCGGAACCACAAGGCCCAAAACGCCGGUCCGCGACACCAUCCAAGUGUGGCUUCCCCUCACUUUCCCCGAGGUCCCCAAAAAGGGUGACUUCGAUGUUCGACGGCUCAAGAACAGCGAGUAUUUCUUCUCAUGA